GAUGGCGGCGGGAAGCAGUGGCGGUGGCGGGAGACCGUGCUCGAAGAGCGCGGCCGAUUCCGGCUUCCUGGGGCUGAGGCCCACUUCGGUGGAUCCGGCGUUGAGGCGGCGGCGGCGAGGCCCACGAAAUAGGAAGCGGGGCUGGCGGCGGCUUGCGCAGGAGCCGCUGGCGCUAGAGGUAGAUCACUUCCUGGAGGACGUGAGGCUGCAGGAGCGCACACGCGGUGGCUUGGUGUCAGAGGCCCCCGAUGAAAAACUCUUCUUUGUGGACACUGGCCCCAAGGAGAAAGACCUGAAGAAGAGGACGAAAGGCCAGAAGAAGUCGCUGCUCCUCAGGAAACCCCUCCGAAUCGACCUCACCCUUGAGAACACAUCCAAGGUCCCUGCCCCCAAAGACAUCCUUGCCCACCAGGUCCCCAACGCCAAGAAGCUCAAGCGGAAGCAGCAGCUAUGGGAGAGGCUGGCCAAGCAGGGUGAGGUGCCCCGUGAGGUGCGCAGGGCCCAGGCCCGGCUCUGCCACCCCCCCACUGCCAAGGCCAAGCCUGGGCCACAGGACACCGUCGAGCGGCCCUUCUACAAUCUCUGGGCCUCAGACAACCCUCUGGACCAGCCGCUGGUAGACCAGGACACCUUCUUCCUGGAGCAGACCAAGAAGAAAGGAGUCAAGCGGCCACAGCGUCUCCUCACCAAGCCCUCCCAGGUGCCUGCCGUGGAGGUGACACCCGCUGGAGCCUCCUACAACCCGUCCUUCGAGGACCACCAGGCCCUGCUCCGGGCGGCCCACGAGGUUGAGCUGCAGCGGCAGCAGGCGGCACAGAAGCUGGAGCGGCAGCUGGCCCUGCCCACUGCUGAGCAGGCUGCGACCCAGGAGUCCUCGUUCCGGGAGAUGUGCGAGGGGCUGCUGGAGGAGUCGGAUGGGGAGGGGGAGCCGGGGGAGAGCCAGGGGCCCGAGACUGGAGGAGACCAGGCUUUGCCUGCAUCCCCCCGCCUGGCCACUGCUGAGAAGAAGACGGAGCAGCAACGGCGCCGGGAGAAGGCUGCCCGGACCCUGCGGGUGCAGCGGGCUGCACAGCGGGCCGCCCAGCUCCGGCACCAGCAGCUCUUCCAGCUGCGCGGGAUCAAGGCCCAGGUGGCGCAGCGGCUGGCAGAGCUGGCGAGGCGGCGGGAGCAGCGGCGGUUGCAGCGGCUGGCUGAGGCGGACAAGCCCCACAGGCUGGGGCGGCUCAAGUAUCAGGCCCCUGACAUCGAUGUGCAGCUGAGCUCGGAGCUGUCAGACUCGCUUCGAACCAUGAAGCCCGAGGGCAACAUCCUCCGCGACCGAUUUAAGAGCUUCCAGAAAAGGAACAUGAUUGAGCCUCGGGAGAGAGCCAAGUUCAAGCGCAAGUACAAAGUGAAGUUGGUGGAGAAGCGGGCAUUCCGCGAGAUCCAGUUAUAACAGCCACUGGAUGCCUGCAUCCCCAGUCUUUAAUAAAGCAUCUUCUGACGUCACCUCAGGCUUUGUGUGCAGCGCGCCUCGCUCCUGUGGGCAGCUUCAUGCUCUCCUCUUCUCCACGUGGUCUCUCCAUACAUCUCCCACCAGGGCUUGGGGCCAUAGCUGCAGAGCGCUUAUCUCCACCAAGGCCUGUGACCUCAGGGUGGGUCAGAUGGCCGUCAGCAGCCGGGGUCCUGGCCCACCCAGAUAGCGGGACGAUGGGCAGCCACCCCAGGACUGAAGGGACACUUAAAAGGUAGAUAGGGCCGGGUUGAGGAUCGACUGGAUGUGGGGGGCGAGGGAGGGAGAUGGCGAGGUCAACACCUGGAUCUCCCACUUGGAUAACAGCCCACUUCUUUCUGCCACAGGAUGGGGGUAAUGAGAAGCCAGUUUUGAUCGCAGUUUUUAUGGCAUUAAUGGUGGUGGUGUCAGCUGCCGUGGCGACCCCAUUGUAACGCAACUGUGUCUGAAGUCCUCUAACUUCACAAGGGGGAAGGAGAAUCAGCAUCAGCCCCAAGCUGAUUCGUCUGAUGUGGCGGUCAGACACACCUUCACCCUUCAAACCUUUUAUCAGCUCUUCCUGCCACGGCACUCUCUGCUUCUCUUCUGGGUUUGAUAAGUCAUUGCAGUGACCACACACAACUCACAGACCAUACUCAUAGUUACAGGGCUUAUUAGGAAAGCACCCAUUACCAUCAAGUAGAUCCAACUUAGCAACCCUACAGGGCAGAGUAGAACUGCC